UAAAGCGCACAGGUGCGCGCUAAUUGUGCAUAUUGCUGAUUAGUUCAUGUGUGUUGUGUACCGUGGUUUAAUGCUCUGUGAUUUAGCCGCUGCCUUUCAAUUUGAAAACGUAUUUUCACUGCGAACAUGAGUGCUGGAGGAGGAACACCUUACAUUGGCAGUAAAAUAAGUUUGAUAUCGAAAGCGCAGAUUCGAUAUGAGGGAAUAUUGUCCUCUGUCGACACAGAUAGGUCCACGGUUGCUUUAGCCAAAGUUAAAUCCUAUGGGACAGAGGACCGGCACACAGAUAGACCAGUGCCACCCAAAGAUGAAAUUUAUGAAUACAUAAUCUUCAGAGGAAGUGACAUCAAAGACAUCACUGUGUCCGAACCACCAAAGCCACACCAUGGGCUGCCUCGUGACCCUGCUAUUGUACAGUCAUCCUCUGCUGCCUAUCAGCCACGCUGGAGUCCAUACAGAGACAUGAUGCCCACCUACAACCAGCUGGCUGCUAGUUCUCUACUCAACCAGCAGUACAAUGCAGCACUGGGUCUAGUACCAGGACUUCACGGCAUCCCAGCCAGAAAAGCUCCCAUGGUGGAGCAGGCUGUCCAGACUGUGCCAUUGGCCAGUGCUGCUCAAAAAAGGGGGAGGACUUCAACCCAGCCACCGGGCAGACAGCCUGUUCGUCCAACCCAGCGCUCUGGCCGGGGUGGUUCCCAGGUUCAGAAGGAGAAUGUACUUACGAGUCGGGCGCCAUCUCAGCCAAGUGCAGCCAAGCUUCAAGGCCAAGGCACUGAGAACCAGAAACCAAGGCAAAAACAAGGCAAUCGCCGGUCCAGGAAUCGAAGCAGAGGCCAACUUCUUGUGAAAAAUUCAAAGGCCACAACCUUGCAGUUUGAGUCAGAUUUUGAUUUUGAAACUGCAAAUGCUCAGUUUAAAGAUGAUCUGACAAAGGAGGUUGUAGUUGAAAAGGUGGAUUCUGGGGAGGCCCAGGACCACCAGGGUAUGCAGGAGGAGGAAACUCUCGGAGAGAAGUACUACAACAAAGCCAAAUGCUUCUUUGACAACAUCUCCUCAGACCUUAAGCCCAGGAGAACCACCUGGGCAGAGGAGAAAAAGUUGAAUAUGGAAACAUUUGGAGUGCCCGGCCGCUUCCUGAGAGGCAGAGGAUUCAGGGGCCGAGGACGCGGAGGACAGAGCGCCACUGAGCAGCGACCCCUCCCAAAAAUUGGUAGUGGGAGGGUGUGAAUGCUUUUUCUUUAUUUCUUUUUGUUAACUUUUCUGUAAAUAUUGUAGUUUUUCUACUUAUUUAAAAAGUACCUCCCUUUUUUCCUGCCAUUUGAAGCAAAGAUGGGAUUUGUUUGGGGUUUUUUUUUUGUUGUUUUUUUUUUUUUCUUUAUCCCAGAAUAUGCAUCAGGGAAUUUUGUACUUUGAACAUUAUAUGAAAUGGGAGAGCAAUUUCUUUUAAUCGAGCAGCUGUAUGCUAGAAGCAAAUUUCUUCAUUGGUAGUUGGCUUGGUAAAAUGCAGUGUGGAAUUUGUCUUUUGAACAGGCCAGCAGGCAUGUAAUUUAGGAUUUUUGUUUUUUGUGCUAAAUUUAUUAAAUUCUUGUCUAACUGGCUGUCCAAAUGUAACUCCAAAUUGCUUUUUGGAGGAUAGCUGUACUUUAUUUUUUUCCUUACUUUGUGAAAUGAAAACUGUGGAGGACUUUGUAACAGUUGCUAUUAAAUAAGUUAUGAUUAACA